AAAAAAAAAAACAAAAAUUCAAUUCGAAUUGAUGUGUGAUUGUGUGACAUUCACAAAUAUCGAAUAUAGAAUUUCAUAACAAUACGAGUAGUAACGCCAUCUAUUAGUUAGAUAAGUAUUUACCAUUGUUUUGAUGACUUUGUUUUACCCCGAAAGAAUUUUUCUCAAUAAAAAAUGAACCAAAAUCAUGAUAAUAAUAAUGAUGAAACGAAAAUUCAAAUUUACCGCAGUCAGAUGAUGAUAUUCAUCAUCCUAUUCAUAAGCUAUGCAUUUUAUUAUCUAAUGAGAAAAGCAUUUUCAUUAAUUUUGCCCGAAUUAUUAAUCACAUCGAUUAUUGAUCAAAAUGAUGCCGGUAUAAUUAUAUCGGCACAAAGCAUUUCCUAUACGAUUUCAAAAUUUAUUGGUGGUUUACUUUCGGAUCGUAUUUCGGCAAAAAUUCUUUUCAUCAAUGGUUUAUUCCUAUCAAGUUUGACAACAGUUUUUUUUGCAUUUGUACCACCAAAAACAACAUCAUUUACUACGCUAUGGUUUCUAAAUGGUCUAGCUCAAGGAUUUGGUUGGCCAUCAUUAGUAAAAAUUCUUCAACAAUGGACAUCAUCCAAACAAUUCGGUACAUACUAUAGUGUAUUAAGCGCAUCAGCAAAUGUUUCCGGUGGUCUAUCACCUUUACUUGCUACAUUGAUGACAAUGAAUUUUGGUUGGCAAAAUACCCUAAUAUCGUUCGGUAUUGUUUCCAUUUUCAUAGCCAUGUUAUCAUCGUUGAUGUUAUCUAAUCGACCCGAAGAUAUUGGUCUGGCUGCUAUCAAUCACGACGAUGAAACAGUGCGAAUGCAAAAAUCGUUAUCAUCAUCAAUAACGUUGAAAGAAUUAUUAAAAAGUCCAUUCAUAUGGUUAUUAUCAAUAUCAUACCUGGUUGUAUUUGCAGCCAAAACAACUGCCUGUGAUUGGGGACAACUUUACUUAAUGAAUGAAAGACAAAAAUCACAACUGAUUGCAUCAAGUUUUACAUCAAGCGUUGAAUCUGGUGGUUUUUUUGGCGCCAUCAUAGCCGGUUAUCUUAGCGAUCGAAUGAUUGCCGCAAAAAAGACGACAACAAAAACAUCAAAUUCUUGUGAUCGUUUACCGGUUGCAACGGCAAUGAUGACAUUGUCUGCGCUUGCAAUACAUUCAUUAUGUUUUCAUGUUGGCCCAUCAACAUCACAUAUAUUCAUUGCCAUAUUAGGUUUCAUUCUUGGUCUUACAUUUUAUGGUCCAAUCAUCAUAUUCGGUAUGGUUGCAACUGAAGCUGUUCCAACAAAUCUUAGCGGUACAUCACAUGCCAUCGUUGCAUUGGCUGCUAAUGUUGGUGCCAUCAUAUCUGGUUUACCAUUUACAAUGCUUGCACAGACAUAUAGUUGGAAAAUGGUAUUUUUCCUGUUGGAAGUAUCGACUGUUUCAAUCAUACUAUUAUUGACCAUUUUUGGAAAUCGUUUACGACCCGAUUUUGUUCCAAAGAAAAUUGAUUAAUAAUCGUGAUCUAUAGAUCCAUACUUGAUGAACUGUGAUUCCAUAUAAUCGAAAAUGAAAUACUCUUUAAUAUAAACUCGUUUGUUAUAUUUUUAAUAGAUAAAUCUAUCUAUCUAUCUAUCUAUGUAUUUUAUUUUUUUAUUUAUUUGACGCUUAGGAUGUGUGUAACUGCAGUUUUUACACUCGCCAAGUGCUCGCACUGUGUAUUAACUUGGCAUUUGAUGCGGGGAAGCCGAGCCGGCCAUUCUUACUUAUUUUCAGUAUAAACAUAACUAUUUGGUAUGAGCUACUCAGUGUGUGUCUGAGCAUGCGGGAAAACUUUUGAAUGCCGCUGAACAGUUUGUCCAGCUCAGAAGUAGAAGUCGCUUCCAAAGAAACGCAUUCUGUGGUAUGUAGCUUUGACAAAGCUUUUUUUCAUUGUUCUAGCUCAGCACACGUUGCUGCAGCUUUUGCAUCCAAUAGAUGGUGCAGUCAUUCAAUAGAACAUAGAAAGAGUUCGAAUUCGAAUUUUUCGAAUUGAUUAUUGUGAUAAUACAUGUGUCACACGUGAUUUUCAUUUUGUGUGCCUGUGUGAGUGUGUAUUUGAUGAUGAAAUAGUGCACACUACCAUACAUUGAAAAAAUGGGGAAAAAAGUCUAUGUAAGCCACGCAUUUUUUAUACCAAUAUUUCAAAACAAUAUAACUGUUACUGUACAAAGUUUGCCCUCUUUUCCCGGUAGGAUUUUUUUCAAUGUACAUUUGAUUGACAAACCAAAGAAACUAUGACAUUUUGGAGAGUAAAUAUUUUGGCUCCGAAUGUGCACCAAGUAAAAAGUUUUUCGAAUCCAUCAUGAAAAUC